AGUAGCCACAAGUAUUAGUACUUGGGAGCUUUGAUUCUGAAGAUGAAGCCAUGCUUCUUCCCGCUCCGCGUCCUCGUGUCAAUGAGUCCGUGUCCGUGGACGAAGAGGUGCUGAGCGGCUGGAAGAGCAAGUCGAAGGGGAGGAGCUCGGUUUUGCUGGCAUGUAUGACGAUGGGGCAUCAGUGCUGGUUGGGAUUCAGCACUUGGCGUCGCUGGUUCUGUCAGUGAGCUCAUGGACAAAGAAGAGCUAAGCUGCAGCAAGCGCACGGAAGCUAGUCUGCUGUCAACUGCUUAUGUCUUGGCAAUUUGCCCGGCCAGCAGUCAAUUAGUCAGAACUAAAAGAUAAUGGGUUCCAACUGUUCGUUGCAUCUUGCUUGGCCUGAAGAUGGUUUGUUACAGGGAAGCACUUACGCAAUGACGUGGAGGUCAGGUGGAGCAAAUAUGGCUUAAAAUUCACUGGAGGUGAAAUUAUUUGCGCCAACCAAAAAAAAGGGCGUAAGUCUUAGGCUCUUAGCACUAUUGAUUUCAUGCCUCCUAAACACUAGCUAAAAAAACGAAGGGGCAAGCCUUACCAAAAGACCGUAAAACAAAAAAGGUAGGUGUAAUUUAAUUAGGCCCACUUAGGGGUGUUAAUUCUCCGCAUUGAUGAUGGUAGAUUGGAGGAAGGUCUGACCGUCUCUCUCUACGAACAGGAGCCCUCCGUUCUUCCUGAAAAAAAAAAUACAGGAGCCCUCCGUUGCAACGGGUGAUCUCACUGCCGCUCCCAAUUUUUGGUUUGAUGCGAGAAACCAGCAGCCGUGCCCGAGGUUUUCGGUGCCCCUAACGCAAACGGACACCAGAUGUUGACGCUGGUGAUAGAAAUUGAAUAGUAACGCCACAAAGUAGAAAUUAUGGAGUAGAAGAUUGGCGGCUGCACGGGGCGCGCGAGCGUGCGCCUUCCCUCUCGGGGACCGCAGUCCCAGCGUGACCUCCCGAGCCCCCGGCCCUAUAAAUUGCGCUCCCCGCACGUCCUGCAGUCCACCGUGCUCUCUGCUUUCUCUCCAGUAAACUGUUCUUCCUGCAACGAGGCAGCCAUUAGAGGAAGGUUGGAAAAGACUGGAAGGCAUGGCCAGCGGUGACCGAAGGCAUGGAAAGGAACCGGCAGCGCUGGAGGAGGACAACUUCCCGGAGGGGCUGCACGUGCUCGCCGUCGACGACAACCACGUCUGCCUCAGGGUCCUGGAGGCUGCUCUGCGCCAGUGCAAAUACAAGCCAACGGGGGUGAUGGACGGGAGGACGGCGCUGAAGCUGCUGAGGGAGAAAGGGGAGGAUCACUUCCACCUGGUGAACACUGACGUGCACAUGCCGGACAUGGACGGCUUCCAGCUCCUCGAGCUCAUCGGCCUCGAGAUGGAUCUGCCAGUCAUCAUGCUAUCUGUGAAUGGAGAAAAGGCAACCAUGUACAGGGGGAUACGGCAUGGGGCCUGUGACUAUAUUGUGAAACCCGCGGACAUCAAGGAGAUCAGAAACAUAUGGCAGCAUGUUGUAAGGAAAAACCACGUCGCUGUGAUCCACAACAGCAGUGACAGUGAUGAUGCUGAUCAGAGGGUGGCACGACCAGUGAUUGCUAAGGGUGGCGCAAAGAGUAAGAAGUGCUCAAAGAAGAAGAGAAAUGAUGGAGAAGGCUCUGAUGACAAUAGGGGAAGAAGGCGGAACACCUGGAAGAAACCAAGGGUGUCAUGGACCAGUGAGCUGCACAACAGGUUCCUGGAAGUUGUCAACCGACUCGGCGUCGACAGGGCGGUUCCAAAGGCGAUAUUACAAAUGAUGAAUGUCCAUAACCUUAGUAGGGAGAACGUUGCAAGCCAUUUGCAGAAAUAUCGCUUGUUUCUGAAGAGGGUCACCGAUGACCCCACGAAGCCUAAUCAUAUGGGUGAUUCUUCUGAAAGCAGGCGAAAUGCCUCGUACAUGGGCAUGAGUCACCAGGGAGUCCCGCCAUCGUCAGCCCUUUGUCCCUGUGGUUCUCACAAUAUCUACGCAGCUCCUCCGUCAAUAUUAGGACCUUACGGUCUGUCUAUUCAGCCCAGGAACUGGGCCACGGGCACAGUCGACAAUGGUGGCCUCAUGCCUGACACAGGAAGCCGCCACGCUUCGGGUCCUCCUGUCGGCCCAUUUGCAAACACAUCAGAUCAGCCAAUGCAGGAUGCAUUUCCUCGUAUCCAUUUCCGUUCUGGCAAAUCCUACCAGAGCGUCCUGCGUCAGAAACUGAUGGAGGCAAACACAAGCGUGGUGCCUUCCUCCCAUCCUGGCACCUCCUCCAUUGCAGCAGAAAUGCCAAAUGGUGGGCAGUUAGAAUCUGCAAACCAGUUCCCGGUGCAGCCUCGAGAACAGAUCAGCCAUUUCUCCGGUCCGAUGGGCAUGGGACCUUCUGCGAUGGGCACGCAUGGCAACACCCAGCUCUCGUACCUUGCUGGGAACUGUAGCAAUCCAUGGCAGAAUAAUGUGGUGCCAUCAAGUUUUGCUGGUUCUAUGGUUGGAGCACCUCUCCUCCCAUCAUCACAGGUGAACGUCAUACUCCCCCAGAUCAACCAGACAAUCUUUGCACCCUCAUCUAGCGAGAUGGCCGUGUUUCAGAAUGAGCAGCAGAAUCAGAUGGCAGGGACCAACAUCAACAACACCACAUCAGUGGGUGUCUACAGUGAGCAGAUGACGCCAUUAUUCAACAUGGCAAGCAACGCAGCCCCAAUGGAGAUGACCAGUGUCAACUUCUCACCGAUGAAUCAGAUGAUGGUCAAUGGGGGAAGCACCAGCUCUCCAUCGCCUAACCUUCAGGCGGGCAACCCUGUCGCGCCGCCGGCUCAGAUGGCUAAUGGUGGUGGAAGCAGCAGCUCCGCAUUGCCUGGCCAUCUGGACAGCUCUGUUGCGCCGCCGGCUCAGAUGGUUAAUGGUGGUAGAAGCAGCAGCUCUGCAUUGCCUGGCCAUCUGGGCAGCUCUGUCACGCUGCAGACUCAGAUGCUUAAUGGAGGGGAGGGUGCAUCUGGCAUUUUACCUGUGCAAGAUGAUCCAGCUGGGCAGCAAGCUUCUGAUGAUCAGCCAACCUACAACACUUCUAACUUCCUGAAGGAUAUUUUUCCCAGCAUGGCUAGUCAGGAUUUCAAUCCAGAUGCUGUUUGGUGAAGAAUAUUAGUACCUUUGUUCGCCCCACCUGCGCCACAGAUGUCUCCGCAUUUUGUGCAGGCCAGAUGCUGAUCAUCAGCCCAUGGUUCUUGCACAUUGUAUCUGCGGAGUUGUGCGAAAAAAUGCCGAAUUGUAGUAGGUAGUUAGAAGCAGGGUGUGGGCUUCUACUUUACUUCAGAUUUGUUUUAAAUUAGUCCUUGUGUUUGAAGGAUCAUAAAAUAACUUCAUGUUGCCGACGUCGAAGAGGACGUGUGGAAUAAUUGGCUAUACGCAUCGUCGAUGCAGAGCCCCGGUUGUAAUAAGACUUCCAUAUUCUAGAAUGGAAAUAAGUUUAUGUUAUAUCAUAUGGAACCAUUUUCAU